ACACCUCUAUCUUACUUUCUACGUGUGGUGUGAUGCUCAAUGAACCUAAUCGCCAAUAAUCUCCAAGCCUCCUUGUGAAUCUAAUAAACUAUUGGCAUGUUAAAUCCUCCGCCAGCAACGUUUAUAUUUUUAGACGGCGCACCAGCAUAUAACUGUUUUAUAAACAAAGCAAAAACCUUGACGAGCAAAAAAAAAAAAGGAGUAAAACCAGAACUAAACUAUCAAGUCUACGAGUUUCCGGUGAGGUCACGAAUGACACGUGUAUUCAAGAUGGCGGCCGCGAUGGAGUCGUGGGUCGUUGUGCUGCUCCUGUCUCUACUGCCUCUGGUCAAGCCGUUUUACGUGCCUGGUGUGGCACCUAUGGAUUUCCAUCAGAACGACCUCGUUGAGAUCAAGGCAGUAAAACUCACCAGCUCCAGGACUCAGCUCCCCUAUGAGUACUACUCACUUCCCUUCUGUCGGCCCAGGACCAUUGUGUACAAGGCAGAGAACCUUGGCGAGGUUCUGAGAGGCGAUCGUAUCGUGAGCACGCCAUACCAAGUGAGGAUGACCAUUAACAAGAAUUGUGAGCUAGCGUGUGCAAAACCUGGGCAGCCCACUAAACUCAGCAUGGCCGACAGCAAGCUGAUCGCCGAGCGAAUCAAAGAGGAGUACUACGUCCACCUAAUUGCAGACAAUCUUCCAGUGGCAACUAGGCUGGAGUUUUACCCGAACAGAGAGUCAGGGGCCGAUGAGGAACAGAAGAAAGACAUAGUAAAAGAUGUCCAGUUUGAACAUGGCUACAGAUUGGGCUUUGCGGAUGGUAGCAAGUACUAUUUGCACAACCACCUGUCGUUCAUUUUGUACUACCACAAAGAGAAAGUGGAGGAGGAAAAGGAGCACAAUUACCGUGUCGUACGCUUUGAGGUGGUGCCACAGAGCGUGAAGCUAGAAGACCUGAAAGCUGAAGCGAAUGGCGGUUGCACGUUACCGGAAGCCAGUGGUUCUGCUCCUCAAGAGAUUGAGCCAGGCAAAGAGAACAGUGUGCUCUUCACCUACUCUGUGCGCUGGGAGGAAAGUCCGGUGAAGUGGGCGUCUCGCUGGGACACGUAUCUUACUAUGAGCGAUGUACAGAUUCACUGGUUCUCCAUCGUCAACUCGGUGGUGGUGGUAUUCUUCUUGUCAGGCAUCCUGAGCAUGAUUAUUAUCAGGACCUUGAGGAAAGACAUUGCGAACUACAACAGGGAGGACGACAUUGUAAGAGAAUCAUGUUUCACCUCCGUGUUUGUGAUAGUCUUCAACUCAGUUUCCAUGUACUCAUGUCAGUGUCUCACUCAGGAGGACACCAUGGAGGAAUCCGGCUGGAAGAACGUUCACGGCGAUGUUUUCCGUCCACCUCAAUAUCCCAUGAUUCUUAGUUCUCUGCUAGGCUCUGGGAUUCAGCUCUUUUGUAUGAUCCUCAUUGUCAUCUUCGUGGCCAUGCUAGGCAUGUUGUCUCCAUCUAGUCGGGGGGCUCUGAUGACCACUGCCUGCUUCCUGUUUAUGUUUAUGGGCGUGUUUGGAGGCUUCUUUGCUGGCCGACUGUAUCGCACUCUGAAAGGUCAUAGAUGGAAGAAAGGAGCUUUCUGUACCGCGACCCUGUACCCUGCGGUAGUGUUUGGAAUCUGUUUUGUGCUGAACUGUUUUAUCUGGGGAGAGCACUCCUCAGGGGCUGUACCGUUCACCACAAUGCUGGCGCUGUUGUGUAUGUGGUUCGGCAUCUCAAUGCCUCUGGUCUAUUUGGGCUACUACUUCGGCUUCCGCAAACAACCCUACGACAACCCGGUACGCACCAACCAGAUCCCACGCCAGGUGCCAGAGCAGCGCUGGUAUAUGAACAAGUUUGUAGGAAUCCUGAUGGCUGGCAUUCUCCCAUUUGGUGCAAUGUUUAUUGAGCUCUUCUUCAUCUUCAGUGCCAUCUGGGAGAACCAGUUUUACUAUUUGUUUGGCUUCCUCUUCCUGGUCUUCAUCAUCUUGGUGGUGUCCUGUUCUCAGAUCAGCAUUGUCAUGGUCUAUUUUCAGCUCUGCGCAGAGGACUACCGGUGGUGGUGGAGGACUUUCGUAGUGUCUGGAGGUUCUGCUUUUUACGUGCUCAUCUACGCCAUUUUCUAUUUUGUUAAUAAGCUGGACAUUGUGGAAUUCAUUCCCUCCUUGCUGUAUUUUGGCUACACAGCCCUGAUGGUUUUAUCCUUCUGGCUUCUAACAGGAACGAUCGGCUUCUACGCAGCCUACAUGUUCAUACGCAAAAUAUACGCCGCCGUCAAAAUCGACUGAGCUGCAGUCCUACUUCAUUUUUUUUCCCUUUUUUUUUUUCUCUUUUAUGCAUUUUCUUUUCUUUUUGUUUGUUUGUUUUACCUUCUGGUUCGGCAAGCAAGCACUGAAACUAGUCUCACGAAGUGGGUUGUGUGCAGCUACGCCCCCUGUGGACUGGAGGAGAAAACAGACAGGUGGUUUUGUGCACCGAAUGGUUAGCGGAUCCUCCACUGCAACAGAGAUUUCAUUGUUAUGGAUUCUGAAAUUCUUUUAUUUUAUUUUAUUUUUUUAUUUAAUUCUGACUUUCCUUGUUGCACACAUCACGUGGGCCAAAGUAUGUGCUUUAUUUGUCUGUUCUUUUUGUCAUUGGAAUGUUGGUGAGACAGUGAAGGUGGUUAACAUGAUUUAUAGUAUAUCCUUUUACAGACCAUAGUCAUUUUUUAACUAUUCUUAAUAAUGUCAUUUGGACCUACUCCAAAGUAUUUCGUUUAAACACUCAAUUGUUGUACAGACGUACAUGUAGCCAUGGAUGGUUGGGUAUUUGUGAUGCUGUGUGUGUGCGCGCGCGUGUGUGUGUACAGCAUACUGAAGGCAGAAGUCUGACAUAAGAAGGAGUUUAAACUGAUGCUAAAGUUAUGUGGCACUAAGAAAAUGAGAUUAAAAAUCACAAUUUUGUCA